AUGGCUUUUGCUCCUAUCGUGAAAGAACUACAAAGAAAGGGAGUACAGAACUCCAAGUUGAUGGUCUCCCACAAUAAAGAAACCCUCCUGUUUGAUUCUCUUGAUGAAGCUUGGAAAUUCACGGAUCUGCUUCUCCUCAUCCUGAAGGCUUCUCCUUCUCUUCCCUUCCAUCAUCUGGUGUACCUCAAGAUAUGUUUCUCCCUCGUUCAUCAAUACAUUCAACAUUUUAAUGAGGUGUCUGGCAACAAGUCAGCUGGUAUCCGGAGAAGAUCUAAGACUCCUGGAGUGAUGAUCACACAGCAUGUAGUAGACCUGCCAGAGGGAAAAAGCACCCCAGAUUUUCAGUGCAAACCAGCCUCAGUAACCAUCCAGGAAGGGAAAUUAGCCGUUUUUAAGGCCAUGGUAAAGGGGGAUCCAAAGCCGGAAGUAUCAUGGAGAAGGACUAAAGGGAAUAUGUUAGACAAGGAGAAAUUUCAGAAUAAAUAUGAUGAAUCAACUGGGGAGCACAUAUUAGAGAUUCACAAGGUGUCUGCAUUGGAAGCAGAUACAUACAAAUGCUAUGCUGUGAACGAAUAUGGCAAAGCUGUCUGCACUGCAACAUUAAGUUUGACUGAGACUUUGACAGAUCCGUCAGAUUUCAGAAAACUGCUAAGGAGAAGUAGAGUAGGAGAAAACCAAACAAAUAAAGCAGAUGAGGAAACUGAGGAGAGAUUCUGGGACGCCAUGAUGAAUGCUGACAGGAAAGACUAUGAGCGCAUCUGUACCGACUUUGGUGUUGCAGACGUGCAUUGGAUUCUCAAGCAACUGGAGGAAAAGAAGAAGGAGAGAGCGCAAAACAAGUGUAAGCAGGAUGGUGUGAUUCCCUAUGAUGAGGAUGCAAGAGAGAGACACUGCCUUAAGACUGGUGGGAGGACAAAGGAUUUUAUUAUCAAAGGCCAGAUGCAAAAGGGCACAGGGCUAAAUCAGCUGGAUGUUGAAAAGGCCAACUUCCUCGACGUAAGGCUGAAUCAGCUGAAUGCUAAAGAGGUCAACCUCCUUGACACUAGGCUGCAUCAAGUGGAUGCUGAACAGAUAAACCUCCUCGGCGCAGGGUUGCAUCAGAUGGAUGGUGAAGAUGUCAAACUCCUCCUCACAGAGUUUAAACUGACCUUCAUCAAGACCAUUUAUCGUAACUGCCAGUUAUAUUUCACAUUGCCUUUCAGUGGACUAAGGACACCAGUGAAUGGUUUGGCACACAGGGAACAACUCCAAUGGCCAGGUUCCUUUACUUCUAUGUGUUGCCUAAUUUUUUUUUUUUUUCUCCAUACAGUUUCCAAUGUGGACUUUGUUAUCAAAAUUCAGGAGGUUCAAGCACAAGAAAGAGAGGGUGCGCUCUUUGAAUGUGUCCUGACACACCCACUACCCAGAAUCACAUGGAUGGGCAAGGGAAAAGUCCUGGAGGACGGAGAAAAAUACAGCAUAACUGUGUCAGACCACAAAAUGAUCCAUAGGCUGCUGAUCAAGGACUGCAAGCUGCAAGACAAAGGCAUCUAUUCAGCUGUGGCUGGCAUUACGUCCUGCAAUGCCUGGCUGGUUGUGGAAGUUGACAGUGACCUCACAUCUGCUGAUAAGAAGAGAACUCGUAAAACGACCUUGGGUGAUGGAGCAGGGACGGACCUUGAGAAAGUGGCCAAGCAGCAACAAAUAAAAAACCGAGAGGAGAUGGAGAAGAUUUUAGCAGCCAUAAAAGCAAAACAUGGAGCAGAACAACUGACAGAAGAAAAGCCAUUAACCACUUGUGGAAGAGACAGUGAAAUAAUUGCUGUCACUGCAGCGGGUAAAAACAGUGGAGCAGUAAAAGACAAGUCUGAUGCUGCAAAAGCCAGUGCCCGGUCUGAACCAAAAGGGAGCAAAGAGAAAGCUAAGAUGAAAAACUCAAGAGCAGAUGGCACAGUAUUGAAAUCUGAUGUUUCAGGGGGUGUAACUUAUGAUCCGAAGAACAAGAAACACACUAAAUCUGGUCAAGAGGAUUUUGACAAGGUAACAGAUGCUGAUGAAGGACACUCUGAAGAUAAUGAGGACUUCACUGGAUCAGCCGAUAAUUCAAGAUUCAUAAAGUAUUGUCAAGAGACAGAUCAUGGAGAAAUUGGUAAGACACAACAUGUAGAGAACUUUGCACCUCUUAAUAUCCAUAUUUAUGUGAAUGAGUCCAGCGGCAGAUGUGAUGACACAGAGUUAAACCAGAUUCAAACGUUUGCUACAAGUCAAAAUGAAUUGACAGAUUCAGGUGGAAAUGAAAACUCUACCGGGUCUGUCAGACGCUCAAAGCACACAAGGAAGGUCCAACAGAAACAACACACAUCUGAUCCAAAUGAAGCAGCAAGUGACAGUGAUGACAACGAGGACUCUACUGAUCAGGUCAUGCAUUCGAAUCAGUCAAAGGAAGGUCAAAAAACAUUGGAUGAAGUCAAUGGUGAAAGCACAUGUCCUAAAGAACCCAACGGGUGUAACGAGACUGAAGAUGCAACUGGCUCUGCCACACAUACAAAGCAUAAAAGGCAAGGUCCACUGAUAGAAGAUUUGGUGAUUGAUCCAGGGGUUCAGUUCAUCUGUGGACUUUCUGAUGUAAAUGCUAUCAUCGGUGAGGCUGCUGAGUUCACAUGCAAGGUCAGCAGUGAAGACUGUGAGGGAGCCUGGUUCAGAGACGGCAAAAAGAUAUCCCCAGAUGACAAUUUCACAGUCACUAAAGAUGGCACUAUCCAUAAAUUAGUCAUAAUCACGUGCAAGGAAGAGCACUCUGGCAAAUACCGUUUUGAGGCAGACGGUCGUAAAACGGAGGCGAUGAUCAACGUCAAAGAUCCCCCAAGGUUUGACCCUGAAGACCUCAGUGCUUACAGCAAGCCUGUGACAGUAAAAGUGGGGCACAAUGCCAUCUUUAAACUGCAUUUUGUUGGCCACGAACCCAUAAAGAUUAAGUGGUACAGAGAGGGAGAAGAGCUCCAAGAUGACAACAAUACAAAGAUAGAGAAAUCUGCAAGUCACAGCCGCUUGUUGCUGAGCAGAUGCCAGAGAAAGGACACAGGAGAGAUCAAGAUCAAGCUCAAGAAUGAACAUGGCUUCAUUGAGGCAAUUUCACAGCUGAUUGUGCUCGACAAACCCACCCCACCCCUGGGUCCUGCAGAGGUAACAGAGAGCUCAGCUACAAGUAUUGAAUUUAGGUGGAGGCCUCCAAAGGACAAUGGUGGCUCACCAGUGAUUAACUACAUAAUGGAGCGGCAGCAGGUUGGACGAAACACCUGGAAGAAAAUAGGGGAAAUCCCAGGUGUGCCCAGCUAUCGUGAUACAGACGUGGACCGUGGCCGAAAAUACUGUUACCGUAUUCAAGCAGUGACUGCAGAGGGUAUAAGUGAAGCGAUGGAGACUGACGACAUGCAAGCUGGCACGCUUGCCUUUCCUGGCUCUCCAUCACCUCCAAAGGUGGUCAGCGCCUAUGACGACUGCAUAAACCUUUCCUGGGAUUCACCAAGUAACAAAGGAGGUUCACGUAUCCUGGGCUAUAUUUUGGAGAAGCGCAAGAAGGGAAGUAAUCUCUGGACUGUUGUCAAUGCUUUGGAUGAGCCAAUAAAAGAGAAGAAAUAUGCAGUGAAGGAUGUUGUGGCAGGUCUGGAAUAUGAAUUCAGAGUUACUGCCAUAAACGUCUCAGGAGCUGGUGAAUGUAGCAACCCUUCUGAGUUUGUUUUUGCACGAGAUCCUAAGAAGCCUCCUGGUAAAGUUACAGGCCUGAAGCUGACAGAAACUUCUUACACCCAUUUGGUCCUGACCUGGACUAAACCUGAGGAUAAACCCGGCAUACAGGAUGAAGCUAAAGGAUAUUUUGUUGAGAUACGUCAAGCAGAGUGCAUUGAAUGGUCUCGCUGUAAUAGCAUCCCCAUCAUCAUGACUUCCUUCAGCGUUAAAGGCCUUAAGUCCAUGGACAUGUACUGGGUGAGAGUGAUUGCGACUAAUGAUGGAGGAGAGAGCGCUCCCGAGGAGUUGGCCAACUAUGUCAUUGCAAUGCCCUCUCCUGUGAGGCCAAAGUUCACAAACCACAGGAUGAAGAGUUUCAUAGUGGUGAGGGCAGGAAACUCUGUCAGGAUCACAAUAAACUUUGAGGCCUUACCCCGGCCAGAUAUUAUGUGGCUAAAGGACAACGUGCCAGUGACAAAGCGAGUAACAAUCAGUAACUCUGAUGGCUCGUCACAGUUGUUGAUCCCCUCCUCUGAGCGCUCUGAUUCAGGCAUCUACACAAUUUUGGUGAAAAAUCUGGCAGGACAGGAGACAUUCAGUACAGAAGUCAGGGUCACAGAUGAUCCAAAGCCUCCUGGACCAGUAGAACUGGAAGAAAACGUGCCUGGAACAGUGACACUGGUCUGGGCACCUUCUCCUGAUGAGAAGCGUGAUGACCGCCUCCACUACACAGUGUCCAAACUAGACUCUACUAAACGCACAUGGGCUACAGUGGCUGACAGACUCUUCAAUAACAAGUUCACAGUCUGCAAUAUCAUGCAUGGGAGGGAAUAUCAUUUCCGUGUCUAUGCCAAAAAUGACAUGGGCAAAUCUGCACCCUCUGAGUCACCGACCUGGGGGACGGAGAGAAAGAAAGAAAAGUUUGUGGUGAGCUUACCAACCACAAAGGACUGUGAUUUGCGAUGUGCUCCAACCUUCAUUGUACCUUUGAAGUUUCACACUGCACCUAAAGGCUAUGAAUGCUACAUGAGCUGUGCAGUGAAAGGAGAUCCCACACCUCGUAUCACAUGGUAUCGAAAUCACAUCAGCAUAAACACUGAUGCCAACUAUUACAUCUCCAACACCUGUGGAGUUUGCUCCAUGUUAAUCAUCCGCGUGGGCCCAAAAGACAUGGGAGAGUAUACCAUCACUGCAGAGAACGCCCUGGGACGGGCUGAAUGCUCCACCGUACUCAACGUCAGAGAGUGAAGAAACUGUAAGGACAACACGAAACUGUAUGAGCAGCAUUUAUUUUUAAGUUUAGAUAUCUAAUACAUGAUUUUUGAAUUGAAGUGGUUGUGCUGCUUGGAUUUAAUGCCCCAGUUGCAUUACGAAAAAAUAAAAAUGGAACAUUGUGUUUAUUUGGAUGCUACUGAAAUU